AUCCUAUUUCGCGUAUGUCGUGUGGCGUGUGUGUCUUUUUAGAAAUUUGCCAAUUUAGCAUGUCUUUUAUUUAUUGUUAAUAAAAAGCAUAUAAUUUGCAAUGGUAACGCAAGAAUUUCAGGCUGUAGUGUUGGCAGCUGGACGCGGUACACGCCUGCCAGAAGUGCUGGCCGACUCGCCGAAAUGCCUUGUGCCUAUUGGUCCCUAUCCGCUGCUAUGGUAUCCUUUAAAUAUGUUGCAACAGCAUAACUUUCAAGAUGUGAUUAUUGUGGUAUUAGAAAAUGAGCGCUCUGAAAUACAACAGGCCUUGGAACGUACAUCUCUGAAAAUUAAGAUUGACUUCGUGCCGAUUGAUAGCGAUAGCGAUUUUGGCACCGCUGAUAGUUUGCGACUCAUACAUGAUAAAAUUAAGUCGGACUUUUUGGUAUUAUCUUGCGAUAUUGUUUCGAAUGUUAGUUUAUAUCCGUUGAUCAAUAAAUUUCGCCAACACGAUGCUGCACUCGCCGCACUACUCUUCAAAAGUGGUUUCGAAUCAGAUGUAGAAUUGCCUGGUCCGAAGACAAAGCACAAACCGGAACGUGAUCUAAUUGGUAUUCAUCCGGAAUCUAAUCGUUUACUUUUCCUUGCAUCGACAAGCGAUUUCGAAGAAGUAAUGAGUAUAAAUGCUCACCUAUUGCGCAAGAAUGGAAAAAUGACGAUUUUCUCACGAUUAAUAGAUUCUCACAUUUAUGUUAUGAAGAAGUGGAUAAUAGACUUUCUGCUUAAGAAAGAAAACUUCUCUACCCUCAAAGGAGAAUUUCUGCCUUAUCUGAUCAAAAAGCAAAUGUCCAAGAAAUCGGGUACAUCAGCCGCUGCACCAGAUAUACACUCGGAAGUGGGUAUCAGCAUAAAACCCGAAAAUGAUAUUUUUCAUUAUGCAUCAAACACACAACUCGAGCAACGCAUACAGACAGCCACAUUGUUUAACGAUUCUCGCAUCAAAGAGCCCUACAAUGGUGACGUGAUACGUUGUUAUGCAGUUAUAGCGCCAAAGGAUAGUAUUGGCGUACGUGUAAAUACUACUUUAAGUUUUUUCGCGAUUAACCGUAAGAUUUCCAAUAUUUGGCCAAAAUUUUUCAACGAACAAGACCACGCACUCGUUUCAGCGAACGCAGUUAUGAAUUCGACACAGACAAAAGAAAUCGCUGUAGGUGACAGUGCUAAACUGUCCGAAAAAACUUCGCUUAACUUUAGUGUUUUUGGUGCCAAUUGCACCAUUAAUCCGAAAAAUAUUAUAAACAAAUCUAUUAUAAUGACUAGCGCUAUUAUUGAAGAAGGCUGUAACAUUGAAAAUUGUAUUGUGGGCAGUAGAGCUGUGGUUAAACGUGGCUCUGUGCUGAAAAACUGCUUGAUCGGGCCAAGUUUCGCUGUGGAGGAAGGUACGAAAAAAGAAAAUCAACAUUUAACAAAUGCGGAUGGUUUUAUGGAGAUUGAUAUACAAUAAAAAUAAUUAAACAAUAAAAAUUAAUUACGUGUAUACUUUCUUGUGGUUAAACGAAAGUUGCAUUUUUUAAAAAAAUGUAAUUACAGCCCA